GUCUUGGGCUUAAAAGGCUUUGUUAUUUUUCGCAUUGGCUCAGAAAAGUUUUGAAGGUAGCGAAAUGUUGAACAUCAAAGUCUUGCUAACAAUCGGAGCACUUUUGCUUGCCAGUGUAAGCUUAACCUCGGCUGAAGACAGUGAGUGCACAGAUUGCCGUGGCGAUAUUUUAAAGGAAUCUGUUCAAGAAUUAUCCAACAAGAGCACUUGUUGGUUCAAACCAAACAAUAAUUAUCUAUUGAGAUUUAAAUAUGCCUGUAUAAGGGGUUGUUCCGGAGUUCUUGAUGACCUCUAUCAAAAAACCAAUGAGGCCGCCAGCGAUGAGUGCCGCCAAAACAUUGAACUGCCCACCUGUGAGGAAUCCGAUGAUUAUUACGCAGUAUCACAAUGCAAAUUGCAACAAAUGACGGCUACAGCCCAAGCCUAUAAGGACUUGGAACAAUGUUCUGGCCAAGUCACCGACACCAGGGAUGUCGAUUUACUACUCAAAGUUAUUGUGGGAACAAUCGUUGGUUGGCAUGUGGUGCAUCCAGAAUGUUAGUUUCUUUCCCGCAGCAAUUGUCCUGUAGAAACUUUUGAAUUGUUAUAGUAAACUUAGAUUUUUUGUGAUAUGGUUGAAUAAAUUAUAAAAAUAUACAGAUUUUUAGUUAAUAUCGAAA